GAAUAUUCUCUGCCUUACACACCACAGUUUGCACGAUGCAAUGAUCCCAGCACUGAAUUCUACGAUGAAGAACUUGAUAAAUGUUGCAGUCAGUGCCCUCCAGGUCAAUACAAGGCAGAGAGCUGCAGCCACAUCGUGGACACCAAGUGCAGUCCCUGCAGACCCAACACGUACACAGCUAUCUGGAAUAGCUCUCCACAGUGCUUUCCCUGCUCUCCACCCUGCAGAAAAGGGGUUGUGGAGAAUCAAACAUGCACUAGGUCCCAGGACAGGAUCUGUCGCUGCCCACCCCACAAGUACUGUGUCUCCAGGAUAGAUGAGUACUGCAAACUGUGUCGAGUGCAUAAAAAAUGUGCCAAAGGUUACCGAGUUUCCAGAAGAGGGACAGAGAGCACAGACACAGAAUGCAAACCUUGUCCCCCUGGCACGUUUUCCCCUGAGGAAUCCUAUGACACCACCUGUACACCACACACAGUUUGUAAAUCAGUGGCUGUUCCUGGAAACAGCAAGAAUGACACUGUUUGCAGUGACUCAGAAACAGCCACAAUUCUACCUCACACCAUUCUGAACCAGCUUCUGACUCAAAGCUCAGCUUCCCACAGCCCUGAAGUAAUAACUCAGCCUGUCAUGUUAAACUCUCUCCCUGACCUGUCUCACAUCAUUGGAGCAGUAACAGGGACAUUGUUGUUGGUCCUGAUAAUCAUUAUUUUGGGAUAUUGCUUAGUCUCCAAAAGAAAAGCCCUUAGGUACUCAGCAGCAGCUACAGAAGACAAGUUGCCUUUUCCCCCCUCAGAAAAGCAGUGUGACAUAAAAGUGAGUGAUACAGGAUUGCAGAACUCCAGCAGUUCUCAACAGGAGGAACAGCAUCUCUUGGAGACUUCUGGGUCCAGCAGUAGCACCCUGAAUAACCCAACUGCAAGAGUCAGUGCAGUAAGUGAAAAGAAUGAUGAAAAGAGAAAACCAGAAGGAUUCCAGCAGCAACAUCUAUGUGCAGAAGGUUCUAAGCUCCACAGUGGAGACAGGCACAGCUCUGCGAGUUCAGAGCCUUCUGGUAAUGGAGGGACACAGGUGAGUGUGACCUGUAUUGUCAAGGUUUGUAGCCCAGACUGCAGUUCCCAGUGCCCAGAGCAGCCCAGCUCAUCCAGCAUGGAUUAUGGAAACACUCCCUGUUGCUCCCCAGCAGGGGAAGAAACUCCCCUUUCAAAAGAAGAAAAUCCCUUGAAAAAACAAACUGACAUUCAGAUCUCAGUGGAAAAUGAGGACAAUUUACUUUAGGACUUACUUCCAGAAGAAAAGAAGGUUCCUCUGGGGAUUCAGGAUGCUGGGAUGAAAACCAGUUAA